AUGACUACUGAGGCACGCGACGCUGUGUUGUCUGUUCGCUCUGAACCUUUCGAGGAUUGUCUGCCUCUGGAGGAUGAGUAUGAGCACUACAAUUAUAAUUCACCUGAAGGAACUAAGGGUGGUCGUUCCAGGACCAAGCAUGAAUCAGCAGACCAUCGCAAGCCCUCUGAUGCCCGCUCUGCCCGAAUACACAUAGACAUGCAGGACAAUAAUAAGGAGAAGCAAAAAGAAUACCCAAAGAAUAACUGA